CUGACAAGCCUAUAGGGGAGUCCGAAUGGGGCUGCAUCCGAGCACCACACGUCCCACUAUUGGUGACAGUAAUGUUUCCAUUCCAGACAUAAGAUCUGCACUUUGCUGCUCAGGAAGACACUAGAAAGAACCAAGAAUUGGCUUCUCAUGGACAUUCUGGCACCUCAAGGGUGGAGAUGAGGGACGACUGACAUAGAUUCGAGCUUCAGCAACUUGGUUACGUGCAUCAUUUUUUUUAUUGCGGUUAAACUGAAUGGACAUAAAUUAUUGAGAAAAGAGAAUUUGCACAGGGAUUGUUCAGCUGAGAAUCCUUCCUGACGUCAGGCGGAGGAGAUGUAUAUACUCCAGUGUAUUUAUGGGCACUGCUGGAUAUAGUGGAUGGUUCAGUGCUGCACAGAGGAGCUGGGUGAAUGGUCCAUACAGGCUGAGCAGGGCUCGCACUUGGUCUUAUUCCUGGGACAGACAUAAGAUCUGCACUUUGCUGCUCAGGAAGACACUAGAAAGAACCAAGAAUUGGCUUCUCAUGGACAUUCUGGCACCUCAAGGGUGGAGAUGAGGGACGACUGACAUAGAUCCGAGCUUCAGCAACUUGGUUACAUGCAUCAUUUUUUUUAUUGCGGUGAAACCAAAUGGACAUAAAUGACUGAGAAAAGAGAAUUUGCACAGGGAUUGUUCAGCUGAGAAUCCUUCCUGACGUCAGGCGGAGGAGAUGUAUAUACUCCAGUGUAUUUAUGGGCACUGCUGGAUAUAGUGGAUGGUUCAGUGCUGCACAGAGGAGCUGGGUGAAUGGUCCAUACAGGCUGAGCAGGGCUCGCACUUGGUCUUAUUCCUGGGACAGAGCUGGACGUCUUUGCUCGCAUCAUGCAAAAACAAUAUAGAGAGGCUGAAGAGAGCAGAAUAGCAGGAGGCGAUGACAAAUUCUACCAAUUAAAUCUCGAGCUAAAAUUAUCAACGUCCUGUUCACCCGCCUAGAGGGAGCAAUGAAUUCCUCUACACAGAUGCCCAUGUACAACUAUUCUCUCCUAGACUUCACCAUAAAGGGCAACCUGUCUCAGCCGAUCUUCGGAAAUGACAGCAGAGAAGUGGAUAUAAAGGAGCUUGAGAAAAUGGUCUUUCGCUUCGACAAGGAACCUGUGACUAUAACCCUUACCGCCAUGUAUAUCCUGUCUUUCGUUGUGGGCAUCAUUGGCAAUAUCAUGUCUAUUAAAGUGUUGACUAGGAAACGCACUGGCAGGACAUCCAGUUUGAGCGCCACCAGAAGUCUACUUAUAAAUUUGGCCAUCUGUGACCUCAUGGUGGUCUGUGUGUGUAUGCCCAUCACUGUCGGUAACUUGAUCUACAAAGCCUGGGUAUAUGGCGAUUUCCUUUGUAGAGCAGUGCCCUUCAUUCAAGCUGUAUCCGUUUCAGCAAGCGUACUAAGUCUUACAGUUAUCAGUGUUAAUAGGUAUUAUAAUGUCCAUAACCCAUUGAAUGCUAGAUCUUUCUUCACCCAGAGGAAAAUUCAUUGCACAAUUGUGGUGGUAUGGCUCCUAUCCUCAAGUAUCUGUUUGCCUCUAAUAUUUAUGAAUAGAAUGGAUGAGAUAGAGAUCGCCCCAGGACUUUCUAUCGUAUUUCCGAUCUGUACAGAGAUUUGGCCUCAUGUCAUGUUCAAGCAGGCCUACAACUUCCUCCUGUUCUGUUGUUUGUAUUGCUUACCAGUCCUAUUCAAUAUGGUCAUUUGCUUCCUCACCAUACGUAAAUUAUGGAGCUCCUCGGGCAACUUCAAAGAUUGCGACUCCAGGAAUCAGUCCUUACCAGUGUCCCGACUGAAGGUCAGAAAGAAAAUUGCCAAAAUGGUGGUGUCCUUGGUGUCCCUUUUUGCAGUUUCUUGGCUUCCUGUGUACACGCUAGAUAUUUGGAUUGAUUUUUAUAUUCCGAAACCUUCUCAAGACGAUACUCCAUCCCCUUGGAUUCUUCAUCUCAGGCCUUUUGCUCAAUGGCUCGGACUGACAAACUCUAGCCUUAAUCCGAUAUGUUAUUGUUUUGUUGGUGAUCUCUACCGGUCGGCAAAGCACAUGAAGAGCAUGUACCACAACAGGAUGGUCUCCCUCUUUAGCUUCUCAUUUUCCGAUGGAUCUCCAUCGGCAGUCCCUAAAUUGUUGUCUUACAAGAACUCUUUACACUCCACCAAAAGGUCCAAACUCAACUGCCCGUUGUCAAUGGGGGACAAAUGUGAAAACUGCUAUCCCGGGAUCAGCAUGAGCGAAACCUCUGAUAUAACCAGCCACUCUUUGUCUUAGGGAAUGGUCUUAUUGAACUGUGAGUGUCGAUGAUCAUUUGCUUUUGUAGAGAUAAAUUGUUCAAUAGAUUCCACUAAAGAAUACAAUUUGCAUUAUAGAUCCGCGAACAGAACUGUGAAAUCUCAUUGUCUGUACACCGGCUUCCCCCAAUAUUGUAUUUCACUUACCGUGACUAAUUUACCAAACCAGAAACUCUAAGUAGACGUAAAUGACCCCUCGUAAUAAGAUGUAUGAAUCAGAUUUAAGACUGGUCGAAGGAACAUGUUGCAUUAUAAUUGAUCAAAGAAAGUAACCAAUGCCGAUAUAAUGGGUUUGAUAGUCGACCAGUGUCAGCUCUCAGCAUUGUUGACUUCUGACUGUCUCGGCCGGUGGUCUCCAAAGUGUGGCCAUCCAAAUGUUGUAAAACUACAACUCCCAGUAUGCCCGGACAGCCAAAGGCUGUCCGAGCAUACUGAGGGUUGUAGUUUUCCAACAUCUGGAGGGUUAAACUUUGGAGACCAACUGGUCUACACUAUUGAAUUCAGUUUAUUAUGUGUUUUAUACCCAUGGUUUGCCUUAUAUGAUGGGGGCAUGGCUAAUGAUUAAAGGACAUGGCAGGGGUAUGACUAUGGGCAUCAUUGGGGCACCAUUUUGGUACAAAUUAGGACAACCAAUAGUUGGCCUCAGGCUAAAGAUAUGCCAAAUUUAUCAUAGAGAAAGAGCCGUUUUGAUACAUUUAGCACAUUUGACUGUUUAGUCUAUGUUUAAACUUUCCAAGUUUUAGACAAUUUUUGCAAAUCUGCCCUAUAGUAUAUCCUGCCUUAGUGUUGUUUACAAUGAAUGCACAUUCUGUAGAAUGAAUAAAGUUACUAUGGUCAUAGAAUUACGGUGAAAUAACACAAACCUACACUUUGCAUGGGAGGACUAAAUAAGGGUUUGAUGUUAAGCUUUCCAUGGAUAAUUGUUCCAUCCAUUAUACUUGAGCAUUCAUGGAUGACCAUUUGUCCAAGAGACAACCCAAUAGACAUGGCAGUCUGCAUAAAGUGUUGAAGGAUGUGCAAUCUUAAGCAUUGCUCAAUAUAGUGCAUAUCCUAAUACUGUGUAAUUCUUCAUUUUAAAAUGAAAGAUUUUCCUUUAAAGACCCAUCCUUACAUUUUUUUAUCCUAUAUAAAAGUUGCAUUUUUUUUAAAGCUAUUUUAAAAUAAUACAUGCUUGACGUGUAUCGGAGUUGGUUAAGUUUAUGACUAAGGGGGAGAUCACCCUGAAACACGUCAAGAACUUGUUCUUCUGUGACACCUGUUUUGUAUUUUAAAAUGGAUAUUAAAUUAAAUCAAGUUUUUUAUGGACUUCUGUCUAAGUGCUAGAUUUUUCCUUUUUUACUUGCAUGUUUUGUUCUCUGACCCUGCGGGUAUCUAAGGAGCCCUUAUAAAGCGCAGCAGAGGGUGAGCGGACAUUAUCUUUUUUCAUUUUGUUAUCAUCUGGCCCAUUUGUAAAUGAUGCAAAUAGCAAUGCAGGUAUUUUUUUUUUUUUUUUUUUACCAGUACCUUUAUUCAUGAGUUAUCUGCUCCAUUCUGGUCUUCCCCUGAGCCAUAUGACUGCCACACCGACAGCUAUAAUGUGUAGAGUGGAUGUGAGUUUCUUUUUUCUUUUUUGUGAUACUCUCAACUACACCCUCAUAGGAGUGAAUAGCUGUCAGAUUCAUUUUGAUUUUAGAUCCCAAUUUGGAUUUGUAUGCGAUUGCCCACACAAAGUAUAUACAGGAGCAGUGACCCCUAUCAAGGACAAGAGUUAAUGUUGCUGUACAGUACACUGAGCAGCUAAGUUCAGAACGCCCGGGACAGGGGAUGUAGUGAGUGAAACCUGCGAUGCAUACAGAAACUGCUUUUGUCUUAUUGCCCUAUAAUUGCCCUCCAAAGUAUAUUAAGGAGCAGGGACUUCUGUCAAAGACAGCAGUCCCUGCUCCUCUACAGUUCACUAAGUGGCGUGGCUAGUGUACUUAGUGGAUUAAGAUCCCAAUAUGGAUUUCAAUGUGUUUCAAUUACCCCACAACUGCCCACACAAAGUACAUACAGGAGCAGCAACUCCUGUCAAGGACAAGAGUCCCUGCUCCUGUAGAGAACACUAAGCAGCUAAGUUCAGAGCGCCCGGGCCAGAUAAUUUAGUGAGUGAAAGCUGCGAUGGAUACAGCAUCCCCGCUUCUCUCUUAUUGCCCUGUGAUUGCUCACACAAAGUAUAUACAGGAGCGGUGACUAUCAAAGACAAGAGUCCCUGCUCCUGUACAGUACAUAAAAGCUGCAAUGCAUACACACCACGGCUUAUCUCUAAGGGGGAGAUUUAUCAAAACCUGUGCAAAGGAAAAGUUGCCCAGUUGCCCGUAGCAACCAAUCAGAUCCCUUCUUUCAUUUUGCAGAGGCCUUGUUAAAAAUGAAAGAAGCAAGCUGAUUGGUUGCCAUGGGCAACUGGACAACAUUUAAACAAAUGUGACGCGUAUCACAAAAUAUUUUAACAAAUCGUGACCAUUUUUGAUUAAAGGAGGACUGAAAAUUAACUUAUCCCCUGUCCCUAGCGGUCGGACCCCCUGGGAUCUCCAGGAUGGGACCCCGGCGCUCCAUUCAUUUCUAUGGGAGCUGUACUUUGAUCUUUUCGGUGCUCCCAUAGAAAUGAAUGAUGGCUGCAGCACACGCUCCUCACUGAGAGCCGGGUCCUGUCCCAGUGAUCGGGGGGCCCAGCGGUCAGACCUCCCACGAUCAUCUACUUAUCCUGUGGAUAGGGGAUAAGUACAUUUUCGCCGAAGAUCUCCUUUAACUCUUUUCUUGUUUUCAUUUCAAUGAGUACUAUAAAGGGCCAAUAACUCACAAAUAAAGGCAUCAAUAAGAUGACCUGCCCUGCUAUCCAUGUCAUGUACCUAACAAACAGUUACAAUUUUAGGAGUGCUCUUUUACCUGGGCACUAUUUUAAUAUUUUACAUGAACCAGAAAGUUAUUUAUGUGGAAACCCCUCUUGAUUUUUAUACAAUACAUGGGGAUAUUUAUCACUUUUAUAAGAAUAUUUAUUAAGAUCUCAUACACGGUAAAGUUAAAUAUAUUAGUCGGAAGCAAGAAGAAGAAGUCAAGAGGAGACAAUAUUUUUUAAGAUACAAAACUUUUUUAUAUCCAUAAUAAUAUUAAUAAUAAAAAUGUGAAAAAUUAUAUAUAUAAUGUGACAUCAUGAGUACGAUUGCGUAAUGGUACAAAGAAUAUUUGAUAUAAUAUUAAUAUUUUUUACAGAUUUUUGCUGGUAUGGGAAAACCAAAAGAUGUUAAAGGGAUACUCCGGUGUUUA